ACGAGAGCCGGCCGUCGCUUUACUCUCGCAACACUCGAAGCGAACGGACGUGCCCGCUGCGUGUGUUGCGUGUCGGCGCGUCUGAACCAAAAGAUUUGGUUUUUUGGGUGUUCGGUUUCUACGUAACGCAAACGUGACAACGUUCAAUUACAAGCUGACAAAAAGUAAUUAAAAAAAAAUAUAUCUACGAUUUCAUUUCGCUCAUGAAACACAAGCGCACUAUUUCGGGGGGGCCGCGUUAGUGAAUUACUCGACAAACGAAGUGUUUGUGUCUAAUAUCUCCCCGUGAGACAGCAGCAGCAAGAACGUUUCCGUAAAGCGAACGGAACCUUUCAUCCUACCAUCGCGUGUGACGUGUGCUGUUUACUAUUGUGACAAGCGAAUAUUAUUACUCUCACAGGAGGAAAAAUAAAAAAAAAUACGCUUUUUUGGUGAAAUAGAAUCGAGCCGUAACAUCGUAAUAUUUGCGUAGCUAUAUCUUUCUCCCAUCUCCUGGAGCGGAAUGGAAUACGGCUAGUGUUAAAUAAUAGUUCUCGCCGUGUGUGCGUGUGUGUCUGUGCGAGAGUGUGUGUAUAUGCAUGACGGCAAAGGUGUGUGCAGUGCGAAUUGUGGAAAAGCUAAUGAGAUAAAUCGGCCGAAAGUAUGUUCAAUCAAGCAAUCGUUUAAAUAUCUCAUUUGUGAGUGUCGCCGCCCUCUGUUUGCUAAUGAGAAUUCGGUUCUCUCCCGUCUCAUGCCGUCUCGUGGGAUUGUGGAAGCAUUGAAGUAGGAGAAGAAGAAGGAGCUACUCUAACUCCUGAAGGGGCAGGCAGAAGGUGGUGAUGGUGGCUGGUACCCGCAUUUACAAAGCGCGAGUGCAUUAUUGCAUUUCCCAUCCAAAAUAGUCGUGCCGAAGGUGAGAACCCCAUCUCACACACCGCUCUCCCCCUCUCACCGUGCAACCGGCUGUCAGAUAAUUGACAGAUUCCUACGAAUGUGUAUGUUGUUGUUGCUUGGGUAACCGGAUCCAACCAAAAAAAAAACGAAUCGAGUAGUCGCAUUUUAAACACGAUAAAAUUAAGCAAAGCAACCUCCCGAAAAAAAAAGCCCACGAAUCUUUCCGGCUGGCCGCGCUCUUGGCCCCCCUUCCAGCGGGCCCUUUCCGCCCUUGUGUGCGCACGUAAUAAAAGCCGGUUUUUUUGUGUUGCGUCCCCAAAAGGAGAAACUCGUCGCGCUCCCCGAGCAUCAUCACACACGCGGUUCGGUCGGUCAGCUAAUUCGCUCACCAUUCUCCGUUCGGGCGAGUUAUUCGCGCGAGAGUGCGGUCUCGUUCUCGGCCCAUUCUCUCUCUCUCUCUAUCCCUCUCGCGCGCGUUCACGGUUGCCCCCGCGAGACGACGAAUUACAGCGUUCGUUUAAGGUUUUUUUUUUAAUCUUUGGUUGUUGUUUUUUUUUUGCCAUUGUUGUUUCCUGCCAAUGAAUUUGCUUUCCGAAGCAAAAGGUGCAAAGACUAAGCGCGCGGAGUAGAGGUAAAUCGCUGUGUCCGUUAAGAAAAAAAAUAGCUGCCAAACGGAGCAGCGCCAGCCACCGCCGAGCCAACGACCAGCAGCGGCAGCAGGCAACUUCGUUCGCUCAGGUGGAACUAACAUCAUCAAUAUUGAAACACGGUGAACGCAAUAUCCGAUAGCACAGCGCAAUAGCAGCAACAUCGGGAAGCAAUUCCGCACAGCAGCAUCAUCAUACUACGGCUCGAUUAUGGAGAUCAAGGUCGUUGGUGGACCUUGCGGCUACCAUGGCUCGUACACGUUCUUCAAGGGCGUUAAAAUAUCGUUCGGCCACAAGGGAGCGCACGAUUCGGGCGCAAGCUCGGUAGCCAGCCAGCCAGCGUCUGCUCCGGGCAGCGGUGGUCCGUUACACAGCACUGCCAAUGCAGCUACUACCCCAACUGCUACCUCCUCCGCGGGCAGCAGCAGUAGUACGAGCAAUGGCCACGACCGGCGACGUCCUUCCGUCGACAUUCCCAGCGAAGGCAUCGCUGACUCACCUGGUUCCGUCUCCACACCGCCACCAGCCACCAGCCGGUCGCCGGGCAAGGGGGGCGAGCCAGCGGGAGAGGAACAGGAUGAGCGGAUGAAGGACCGCAGCAGCAACAACGGUGGUCACAACACUGCCCAGUGCAAUCAAACCAAUGCCAAUAGUAGUGCUGCGCCGAUGAAUGGCGGCAGCAGCAGCACCAGUAGUAGUAGUGGUAGUGGUAAUAGUGGUAGCAACAGUACUAGUAAUAGCAAUAGUGAUAGUAACGGUAACAGCGGUAGCUCUAGUGCCAACGGUGGCAGCAGCAGUGGUAAGAGUCAAAAUGGCAACCAACCGAAGCCAAAACAAACGCAACGAAAAUGUGUCAGCGAAAAUGGCAGCAGUGGUGCGGGUACGGGGGCGAGUGGUGUCGGUGGUAGCAGUACUGCCAGCAGCAACGGUACCAGCACCAGAGCCGGCAUCAACAACAACCUAUCCCGACUGGCGUCCCUCGACCGAGACCAUCACUACCGACCGCUGGUGCUGGCACUGGGCGACUGCAUUCCGGUCCGGCCGUGGUCCGACUCGCCGAUCGCGUGCCUGGCCGAGCUGCGGAUGGUCUGGCGGGAUCGGAACGAGCAGUGCCUGCUGAUAGCCCUCCGGCUGUACUUUUUGCCGGAAAACACACCGUCGGGCCGCAACUGCCAUGGCGAGGAUGAGGUGCUGGCGAUCUCGGACAAGGUGAUACUGCGGGCAGAGGACCUGCUGAACUGGAUCGACACCGAGCAAGAGUGGAGCUGGGGCCUGCUCACGCUGUACGACGAGCAGAGUGCGAAGGAUUGCCUGGGGAUGACGCGACACCUCAGCAAGAACUCAUCGCUGGACUUUGGCGAUGUGGACAAGGAGAAGCAUUCAGGUGAAAACAUUGUAACGAAGGUGGCAGUGCUGAGCUUUUCGCGCUACUGCCGCUACCGGUCGAUGCUGAAGCGGCUCGAGGGCGUGCAGGACGCGUGGCUGCGCAGCACGCUGGUGGCCAAUCUGAGCGGGUUCGUGGCGCCCGUCCCGAACAUGCGCAUCAUGUUCUGCAAGGAAACGUUCGACUAUCCCGAGCUGGAGACGCACGAGCUGCUGUGCAAUCAUCUCGCGCCCAAGCUGAAGGGCCGGCCGCGCGGCAAGCGGAAGAAGACGCUGUCCGACUCGUCGCAGUACACGAAGAAGGAGGGCUGCUCGGAUGAGAGCGAGUCGAACGAGUCGGACAUUUCCGAUUACUCCUACAGCAAGGUAUCUCCUGGCAAGAAGGUGAUCGAUCUCCACCCAACGCCACGGUACAACCCGCGCCCGUCGCGUGGCUCCUCCCAAACGAAGCAGGAACCGAUCAGUGUGGUCAUUUCCGCCUCGGCCGGCACGGUCAAGCCGAGCGCGGGCAGCAACCAUCUGUCCCAGCGCAAUCGCUCCAAAUCCACCUCCAAGGCGCCAAAACCGUCGUCCAAAAAGUCGUCGAAAUCGAAACCGGGCCGCAAGCCGGGCCGUGGCAGCAGCAACAACAACAACAACAACGGGGGCGGCAAGAAGUCGUCCUCCUCUUCCUCCAACUCGUCGCUGGCGGCUGCGGGCGGUGCCGGCGAGUCGGAGGAGGACGAGGAGGAGCCGGACGAGGAUGGGGAGGAGGACGGUGGUGGGUCGUCGUCGACGCGCGGCGCCUCGAAGGAUCGCGACCGCGAGGAGGACGCGGACGAGGACGAGGAAGAGAUGGACUACGAGGAGGACGAGGAGGAGGAGGACGAUAAUCUGUUCCGGGUGAACGAUCGGAUGGGCUCGGCGGAGCGGGAGUUCCUGCAGCGGUUGCAGGAGUUCCUCGAUCCACGGGCGCUCCAGUACGCGGACAGUCAGGCUGCAACGCUGAAAAAUGUGAGCUUGUACGCGGUGUACGUGAAGGUGCAAAAGAUCGGUGGCUACAGUGCGGUCACCGACAAGGAGGUGUGGAACCAGCUGCUGCAAGGCACGGGCGCGGAGAAUGGCGUGCUGAGCCGGAGAAAGUACGAGAAGAUUGUGCUGCCGUUCGAGAAGCAUCUGCGCGAGCUGGCCGGCGAUCAAGAGUCGGACGUGAAGCGCGACACGGCCCUGCUGCUGCUUGGGGACGAUGAGCUGGACGCCAAGCUGCGGCUGUUGCGCGAUGUGAAGGUGGAAAAGCGUGAUCCGGACAGCAAACCGCACGAGCUGGCCGAGAGCAACGGGUCCGCUGGGCUGGACUAUACGGUGAAGCGGGAGCUGGUGGAAAAGGAUGAUAGCGCGUACGGCGGCGGCGGUGGCAAGUGUGCGGUGAAGGAGGAUAGCAAUGGAGCCGGCGGUGGCAGUCCGAACGGUGGCGUGCAUCUCGGCAUGUCGCCGGUGUCUGUGCCGCUGACCGUUAUCGUUCGGCCGAAUUUGGACGAGAAGGAUCAAAAGUCGUCCCAGAUACAGAUCAAGCAGCCGCACACGACGAUCACGGUGCACCAGACCACGAUCCAUCCGCACAGCGCCAAUCACCAUCACGCCGGCCAGCCGAACAGCAACCACCAUCAGCCGAUCAGUGGCCAAAGCCCGCAGCACAUCACGAACCAGAUCCAGAUCACGAAUCAGAUUCAGAUCCAGCAGAUCACGGUACAGUCGAACGAUAAGAAUGGACCGGGAGGCGUUGGUGGCGCUGGUGGCGGUGGGGUAGGAUCGGGCGCUGGCAGUCCGAACGAAUCGGCGGGCCAGUUCAAGUACAGCUUCAAGCAGGACAAAUCCGGCCAGGAGCUCAACAUUGAGCCGGCCGCAACGACGCCCAAGUCCGCGUCGGCGACGAUCGCUUCCGGUGCCGGGUCGCCGUCCGAGGGGGCCUCCUCGCUGAGCCUGUUCCCGCUGAACCGGCAGGGCACGGAUCCGGAUCUCACGAUCAAGGAAGUGUCGGUGUGCCCGACCAGCGGUACGCUCUCGAUCACGUCCAGCGCGUGUGUGCCGACGACGCCGUCCAAGACGAGCUCGCUGCGCCACGUGCGCAUGAAGAACGAUCGCAAGGGCGCCGGGGGGAUGAUGAUGGAGGCGGGCGGCAUCAUGGGUGCUAGUCAGAAGGAGAACAUUCCCUUGCUGGGUGGAGGCGUUGGUUCGGCAAGCUUGUUCGGCGGUCAGAGUCUAACAACGAUCACACCGAUCCCGGCGAACAUGAUGAUGGCGGGCGCAUUCCUUGGCCACGGUGGCCCUGUGCCGGUUGGAGCGGGUGGAUCCAUUUCCACGGGACGAUCGGCGCUGGAUCAAGAUCACAGCGGCAAGCAGCAACCGAUGACAACACCGGUCGCCACGGAGGUCAUCGAUCUCGUCGACAGUGACAACGAAAACGACAGCUCACCACCGGCCGGCGCGUCGUCCGCGAAUCGGAAGCAGGCGGGACAGGCGAUGCGACCCAUUCCCUCGCUGCUGCCACCGAUGAAGAAGCGCAAGCUGGACAUCCUGCGCGAGGGCGGCCUCGAGGUGACGCCGAUCUCGAACGGUGCCAGCAUUUUCUCCAGCCUCGGCAAGAGCCCCGGUCCGCCGAACCCGAUGCGCAUCAACAUAACGGCGGAGCUGAACACGACGCCCCAGCGGCCCGAGCCGCCGAAGCGCAGCGACCACGCGCCCCGCAAAUGCAUUCCCACGCCGCUCGAGUUCCAGACGCACUGCAUGUACACACGCACGGGCAAGAUAUUCGGCGACCCGAAGGAGCUGGUGCCUCCCCGGGUGCCUGCCCCCGCGCCGGAUCUGCUCGAUCUGACUGGCCCGCGACCGGUCGGGCUGAUGAUGGGCGCGAUGGACAGUGCGGCAAACCUUUCCAACAAAGGACAGCAGCCGCCGAUGCCCGUGAUGGAUUUCUCUAGCAACGCGCGGCACACCAAUCGUACGGGGCCAGCGUCCCGGACGGCGCCCAGCCUGCAGAUAACGCUCGUACCCGGGCCGACAAACAGCCACGGCUCGGGCGGCGGCAUCGGUGGCGUUGCUCCCGGCAUGGGUGGUGGACUGCCACCGAUGAUGACGCCGUUGAAUAUUCCAGUUCCAGUGCCAAGUCAGCAGGCGGCGGCCGCCGCAGCAGCAGCAGCAGCAGUGACCUCAUCCACCAGUGCGAUGGGACACAAACCGAAAUCGAAAGCGUACGAAAUAGUGCCAUUAAGAGACGGUGGUGUUGGCAGUGCGGCGACACCGAUGAAAGAACCGAGCCCGAAGGUCACGAUCGGUCCCUCUUCCGCGUCCUCCUCGUCGUCCGGUUCGACCAACGGUACCAUCAUUCCGCCACCGCCACCACCGACCGGACAGCUCGCCGGACUGAUGGGACCGGGCACGUCGCCCAACAAUCUGCUCGAAACGCUCGCCAACCUGCAGAAGGUGAACCCGGACCUGAUGGCCAGAAUACUGUCCUCGUCCGGCAUCUCCAAAUCCUCCAUUCCCGGGCUGACGCAGCUACUCGGCACGCUGGCCGACCAGUCGCCGCUCGCUCCACCGGCGGCCAAGAAGACGCAGCGGCGCAGAUCCAACUCACAGGCUGCAGCGGCGGCCGCUGCCGCUGCUGCGGCUGCCUCGUCCAGCCCCAUACCUACCGCCCCUUCGCCCGGCCUACCGCCCGGAAGCAUACCGCCUCCGGCCGGUGCCAGCAGCAGUAUUCCGUCGCCGAACGCCACCACCUCCAUGCCACCGUUCCCGAUGCCGCCGGGCAGUUUGGGCCUGGUGCCGCCCUCGAUGGUGCUGCACUCGUCGAACUCGCCGUCCCCGCAGCACCAUCCCCCGCAGGCGGACUCGCCCACGUCCGCCAACCAUCCGCUUAGCCAGCAGAUCAAGCUGCUGCAGCAGGUGCAGCUACAGCAGCAGCAAAAAUUCCUCCAACAGAAAGCCUCCGAGGAGCAGCAAAAGCUGCACAUGUUGGCCCAGUUCUCUCAGAAACAGCAGCAGCACCAGCAACCGCAGUCCUCUCCCAGCCAGGGAUCGCCAGUGUCGCCGGUGUCCACGGUCGGGGCCGGCUCGCCAUUGCCCGGCACGCCACCGCUCGCGAUGCCACCGUCGCCCGUGUCGGUGCCACGCAUUCCCGUUGUGCCACCGCCGUCGGCAGCUGCGGCGGCCGCCGCCGUACUGUCGGGGCUACCGCCCGGGGCCGGCGCACCCUUCCCGCCACCGUUCGAUCCGAUCUACCUGCAGCUGUACGCGAACCCGGGCCUCUACCUGCAGAGCCUGCCGCCGGAGCAGCUGCUGCAGCUGUACAAAAACCUUCCGCAGGGCAUUCCAAUCACCAAGAGCUAGUCGGUCGGGGCGUCGACCGAGUCGUGCGGCAUAGAGCGGGUCGCGCCGGCUCAACCCCGGUGAACAGUAGUGGAAGAGAAGGAAGAGUAAAGAAACAUCCCGUUUUGCCCAUUUUGUGUUCCUUAGAAGAUUGAGCAUGCGGAAGCGGAGGAAGUAGUAGCACGCUUCCGCAGUGAUGAUUGUUUUCGUAUGUGUGUGCGUGUGUGUGUGUGCGCGCGAUGUGUGUGUCUGUGUGUAUGUGUGUCCCUCUGCCGCGACUAGAUGUAUUCCCCCCCCCACCCAUCCCCCCACGCAAUGAUUGUUUAUUCUUUUGUUUUUAAGUUUUCACUAUGCCUCUUGAAGGAUAUAGACCUAGGCCACGUGGUUUCGUUUGAAUUAUUUGUUAUUUAGGUAAAAUUAGUAAGAAAAAUGGUUAAUUUUUGAAAUCACGCUAUGAUCACGAUAAUGAAGAACGAGAAAUUCCCGUACUCCCAAGUGCAGGAGAAAGAACGGGGGAAUUGCAUUCUCUUUUGUACACACUGUAACAAAUCAAAGCUAGUAGGAGUAAUAACACCGCAUAAAAUUGAGAGCGCGUACUGUAGCGAAAUAUUCAUAAUUACUGAGCAAAUUGAAA